AUAAAUCAUGCCCUUAAUCCCAACCUCACUUAAAAGAGUUAAGAAAUCUCUUUCUCUGCCUCUGCUCAAUGGCAACAAGUUCAUUAAUCUCCGCGGUCACAAGAAGGUUGGAGGGAAAGGUGGCUCUAAUAACUGGAGGAGCUAGCGGCAUUGGUGAAUUCACGGCCAAAGUCUUUGUCCAUCAUGGAGCCAAGGUGGUUAUAGCUGACAUCCAAGAUGAAUUGGGUCAUUCAGUCAUUGAGGCCCUUGGCUCAUCAAAUGCACUCUAUGUACACUGCGAUGUAACUGAUGAAGCCCAAAUAAAAAAUGCUGUGGACAAAGCUGUGGCAACUUAUGGAAAGCUAGACAUAAUGUUCAACAAUGCUGGCAUAGCUGAUGAGAACAAGGUUCGCAUCAUUGACAAUGAAAAAGCAGACUUCGAACGUGUGCUUAGCGUAAAUGUGACUGGCGUUUUUCUUGGCAUUAAACAUGCAUCGCAGGCCAUGAUUCCAGCACGUAGUGGUAGCAUUAUUUCAACCUCUAGCAUAAGCUCAUAUGUUGGAGGUGCAGCUUCAUAUUCGUACACAUGCUCAAAACACGCUGUCGUAGGCCUUACCAAAAAUGCCGCGGUUGAGUUAGGGCAAUUUGGCAUUAGGGUCAAUUGCUUGUCACCUUAUGCACUUGCAACACCUUUAGCAACGAAAUUUGUUGGUGUUGAUGAUGAAACCCUUGAGAAUGUGAUGAAUUCCCUUGCCAACCUAAAGGGUGUGACUCUUAAGGCAGAAGAUGUUGCAAAUGCUGCUCUCUUUUUGGCUAGUGAUGAAUCAAGAUACGUGAGUGGACACAAUCUCCUAAUUGAUGGGGGCUUCAGCAUUGUCAAUCCAUCGUUCAACAUGUUUCAGUACCCAGAUUCUUAAUCAUAUCAGUAAGAAACUUUGUUUCCGGGUUCAAAAAUGGUGUGCCAUAAUGAUAAUAGUCUUUUUUCUCCCAGAUUAAUGAGUGAAAUAAUACCAAACAAUGUUCUCUUAGUGCAAGUUUAUCAUGUGAUAGUGACAAUUUUGAGGUAGUCCAAUUAAAUCUCUCAUGAUCAUCUUUAUACAAUUUGUAAGUCAUGUCUUUGAAUCUUGAUAAAUUUGAAGUACGUACUUUGAAACAAAUGUGUAUGAUGUUAG